AUGGGGGUCCAAGAACGCAUCAAAGAUAUCGAAACAGAGAUGUCCCGCACGCAGAAGAACAAAGCCACAGAAGGUCAUCUUGGCAUUUUAAAAGCCAAGCUCGCACGCCUCCGGCGCGAAGCCCUGGAAGGUCCCAAGUCGGGCGGAAACGCCGCGGAGAGAGGAUUCGAGGUCGUCAAGUACGGAGAUGCACGCGUCGCCGUCGUCGGCUUCCCAUCAACGGGAAAGAGUACAUUCCUCAGCGCUGUCACCGAGACGGAGAGCGAGGCUGCCAACUACGAAUUCACAACCCUCACAUGCGUGCCGGGUAUCCUCACCCACAAAGGCGCCACCAUCCAGCUGUUAGAUCUCCCCGGAAUCAUUGAGGGCGCCUCGCAGGGCAAAGGCCGUGGCCGCCAGGUCAUUGCUGUAGCUCGCUCAGCCGAUCUCAUUCUACUCAUGCUAGACGCCACCAAGUCCGACAUCCAACGCACCUUGCUUGAGAGAGAGCUCGAGGCCGUUGGUAUUCGUCUUAACAAGACCCCGCCCGAUGUAUACUUCAAGCCGAAGAAAUCAGGCGGCAUUGCUUUCACCGCCACUUUGCCCUUGACUCAUAUUACAGAAUCUGUGUGCAGGAACAUUCUCAAAGAGUAUAAGAUACAUAACGCUGAUGUCGUCAUUCGCCAGGAUAUCUCCAUCGACGAGAUGAUUGAUGUUAUCGAUGAUAAUAGGCAAUACAUUCGGUGUCUGUAUUUGUACAGCAAGGUGGAUGCGGUCUCGCUGGAGGAGGUCAAUCGUCUCGCCCAUCAAGAAAACUCUGUCGUCAUGUCUUGCUACCUCAAGCUCAAUCUAGAGUAUGUCAUCGAGCAGAUCUGGGAGCAUCUAGGCCUUUGCCGCGACGCAUGCAAGUCCAUUCACAGAAGUCUCGCAGAUCCAUCGCAGUUCCGUUACGCGCUCGUAUGGGGAAGGUCAACAAAACAUGAUCCACAACGGGUCGGCCUCCAGCACAAGCUCACUGAUGAAGACGUACUUCAAAUCAUGUCCAAGUGA